CGAAAGUCUUUAUGUGACGCACCAAUCGUCUCAUUGAAUGACAGUUUGACCUCCAAGUGCUCAGCAACCUCCAUUACUGGACGAUGCCACUAGAUUGUUUCCUUUUUGCCGAGUCCACUUUGUUAUUGGGUUGAAAUUGUGAAAAUCUCACUGAAUGUCGUAUAGUCUAAAGUUAUGCAGAAUGCUCCUUUCCUAGUUAGUCGCUUCAUAUUAAAUCCCACCACGAACCUGCUUCGACUCUGUUCCAACUUGCCUAGCAAACAUUUGUUUGCUGUGUCUUACUCAGUCCACAAACUUCCGAAAUCAAGUCAAAUUAGCAUCGAUUCGUUGAGCAAAUGCUUUAUCUCAUCAGGUUCUAAAGGUGUUUCCGACUCUUCGGCUGAAAAGGUAAACGCUAAAGUGGUCCCGAAAAUCAAAACAACCUUCUCGUAUGACGAUUCUGUCAAGUCUGUAAAAUAUAUCACACCACUCAGAGCAUUACGAGAAUAUAUGCUAACAAAGCAGGAUUUAGAUCAGCUACCACGUUACUACAGUCGAAGUCCAUAUGGAAAUGAAACCAAAACACUUGUUUUCCUUCGAUCAGAUGUGGAACAAAUGGCUUACGCAAAGCACGGAGGCCAUGAUGAUUUUGAGUUACGAAGAAAGCUCAUGAAGGAUAUGGAGCGAAGAACCAAAACAGAGCUCUUUAACUUAAAAAAGGCCUUAAAAUACUUUAAGAGCUCAGUAGAAGCUAAGGCAACUGGGACCUCGGUUUUUAUAGAUAAACGGAAAAGUCUGUUUACAUCGGGUCCUGGUCGUGUUGUUCUGUUUGCAAUAGCAAUAAAUGGUCUUAACGUCGCAGCCAAGGCCUUCGGUUGGUGGUAUACUGGUUCUAAAAGCAUGUUUUCUGAGAUGAUGCACUCACUUGCAGAUACUAUGAAUCAGGUUCUUGUUGCUUAUGGGCUAUAUUCAUCAUUACAGAAACCAGAUGAAACGCAUCCAUACGGUUAUGUUCCAAUGCGUAAUGUAUCAUCAUUGAUAAGUGGUGUCGCUAUUUUUUUCCUGGGAGCUGGUCUUACAUUUUAUCAUAGUGUGCAAGGCAUUUUGCAGCCACACGAAUUCGAAUCUAUCAAUCUGGCUUUAAUGGUCAUGCUAGGCUCACUUAUAUCCGAAGGAAGCACUUUAGCUUUUGCUUAUCGCGAAGCUCAAAAAAGUGCUAAGCGUCAAAACUUCUAUUCCGUCAGACAAUGGUUGUUUUCCGGAGUUGAUCCAAGUACUAGUAUGGUUUUACUUGAGGAUUUAGCUGCAGUCAUUGGCGUUAUCGUAGCAGGAUCCGCUAUGACUAUAACCGCUUGCACCGGACAUGUUUUACCUGAUGCAAUUGGAGGGAUUUGUGUUGGUGCAAUUCUCGCUACUGUGGCUGGUUUGAUCAUACAUACGAAUACUGAAAUGUUAAUCGGAAGAGCCAUUCCGGUCGAAAAUCAAGAGGCAAUUAUGCGUGUGAUUGAUAAUAUAAAAAUUAUCCGCGGAACAUAUGAUAUAAAAGCAACAAUGAUUGGUGGUGAAGAAAUACGAUUCAAAGCAGAAGUUGAUAUUGAUGGUCGAGAGCUUACUAAACGUUACCUUGAAACCUUAUCAUUAGAUGAUCUACUCCAAGAAGUGAAAAAUGUCAAAACUGAACAACAACUGGCUCAUUUUAUGUUAAAACAUGGUGAUAAUUUAGUGAAUACAUUAGGAGCAGAAAUAAAUAAAAUUGAGGAGAAAAUCAAGAAGGAAUUCCCGAAUGUAACUCAUAUUGACAUUGAGAUUAACUAAUCACUGGGUUUCCGAUUUUUUUUUAUCACUAUUUAUCGUGUGGACUACUCUUGCUGUACAUUUGUAGCUUUUCUGUGAUUUGGGAUCCAUAUCGCUUUAUGUAUAUUUAUAUAACAAUAUAUGUACACAAAUCA